AUGGUGACCUUGCCGGCCGAGGGUGCCUGGCCCCAUGGGUGGUUUCCCGGAUUGUGGCGCGCAACCUCUGCCGAUGCCGAGAUCCCGGCUCAGCAGCCGGACUACACCCCGGCCGUGGUCCGGCACUUUAGGGGCCAGCCUAUGAUGGCGCCAGGCGAUCCUAUCCAGGAGAACGCCCAGGCCGACAAGACCGCGGCCAUGGUGCAUGGGUUCCUGGCUGGCCAGCCGGGGCUGGUUUCGCCUGCUUCGAUUGAGACCCUGUCCUCUGCGCUGACUGGGCCCCAGAGAGCGCCGUUUAUUCUGCAUGCCGGCCCCUGUGCUGAGAUGUUUGCCGAUCAAGAUGGCCAGGGCCCCAGCAGUGCCAGCGGCCUCGUCGAGUGCCGGGCCACCCCGGAGUCCGGGUGUGGAAGCUGCCGCACUGGCGAGUGCCCUGUGGCAUAUGCACAGCACCUCAACCGGGUGUCAGAUGCUUUUGUUGCCAUGUCCCCCGGUCACUCUGAUGCCGGGGUUGUUCGGAUCUGGCGCGGCGCUGGCCAGUACGGCAAGCCACGCUCCUCUUGCUUCGAGCAGUCUCCCUUGACCGGUGAGCGGAUACUUUCCUAUCGGGGCGAUAUGAUCAACUCCGAUGCUCCAUGCGGUGCGGCGCGGUCGCACGAUCCUCGGCGCCUGGUCCGUGCGCACGAGGCAGCCCGCGGAGCCUUGGAUCGCCUCGGUGCCCAUGGAUACCUUUGGAGCCCGAAUGACGCUGACAGCCACCAGGCCAUCUUCACCUCGCACGAGGCGCUGGUCCUUUCGUAUGAGGAGUCCCAGACGCGCGUGGAGCAAUGGGCCUCGGGUGGCCAGCUGGCCGCGGCCUACGCCACCAGCGGACACCUGGUGUGGGUGGGCGACCGGACUCGAGACCACCCUGGCACGGGGCCACGGCAGCCUAGUGGCCAUCUCCUCUGGGCCCAGGGGGUCCGUAAUCCCCUGGGGAUCAAGCUGUCGGCCAGGGUGUCGCCGGAGGCGCUGGUUUUCGCCAUCCGAUCGGGGCUCGGCUGCGAGCAGCUCUUUCGCCCGGCGCCCGGGGUGGCGGCCUCAUCCCAAGCAAAUGACCCCCUACCUGGGCGCGCGGUGCUGAUCAUCGCACGAUAUGGGGCCCGCGCGGCCCCGCGAGCCGUGGGGCAGCACAUUCGGAUCCUCCGUGCGGCCGGGCUUAUGCCGGGCGACUCCGGCCCGAUGGAUGGGGAUGGUCGCAUCUUUGCCCAGGCCCAUGCAGCAGCGGCAGCGGUCCUGGGCGCCGGCCCGCGGACCAACCUCCUGGGGGACGCCCCGUCGGGGGCAUUUGGCGAGCUGCUCGGUGGGGCCUUCCGUGGGUGGGCCCCUUCGGGCCGGGAGGUGGCGGACAUUGCACGCGUGGCAGCCCACCGGGCGGGGGAGCUGUGUGCCGUUCCCGACGCAGCCCUGGAGGUGGAUGCCCUUUUGGGGCGGGCCCUGCCUCGGGGGACCUCCCUCGCCGCCUGGCCGGCACCCCUCCUUAGGGCUCUUGGCCAGCAUGUGGAUGAGGUGGCCCGGGCGGCGGUGGCCGCCGCACGCGAGAACCUGGCUGACAGUGCUGAGGAAGCGCCCCUCGAAAGUCCGGACCCCUGGCUGCUGCCUUGUCGUUGUCGUUCCUGCGCUCGGGCCCGGGUCCACUGGCUGGCGGACCCGAUGCACGGGAACACGGUGUCCAUUUCUCCCCGAGUGGACCCGGGGGUUUUGGCCCCGAUGAGCGACCCGGCCACAGCUGGGGAGGCCGUUCGGUGGGCCGUCGGCCCUGGGUCUCCGAGCGCCCCCUCCAGCCCGAUGGAACUCCCGCUGGCGGAGGAGCCGGCUCCGCAGGCGGGGGUGCCAACAGCGGCAUGCCGGGGGUGUGCCCCGCCGCCGGAUACCUUCCGGCCGAAAACCCGACACCUGCGCGCGCUGGCGGCCGAAGUGUGUGCGCAGCACAUCGGCCUGGGGCCCGGGGCCUCCCUCGGGGGACUACACAUGGAGGUGGCCCCGCGCCAAGUCAGCGAGUGUGUGGACGACACGAACGAGCAGAACACCGCGGCGGCGGUAUUUUCACAGGCCUGGCGGGCAGCCGCCCGGCAUGGCUCACAGUCGUGUGUCGCCUGCAAUGGACAGGCCUCGCCCUACCUGACGGCGUGCGAUCCGCGACUGUCCGCCGGGCAGUCUGUCUUCCUGGCGGAGAUGACCGCCCGGCUACUGAGUCUCGGGCCGCUGGCCCGGUGAGCCCGCCUGUGGCGGGGUACGUCGCGUGCAAAAUAAACACCCAGGCGUACAAACA